AUAAAAGGACACCGAAGAAGGGGAAAGUAAAAUUCAAAACCCCACUUGCGUACAUUAUCAAAUCUCUCUCUCAGCUUCGUGAAGUUUCGAGUUAUUCUCUCUCUCUGUCUUUAUGAAUUUUGAUUAAAACUUGUUUACAGUGGAUGAUCAGGAUACGAGAUAAGAAGUCUCUUCAAGUUGGGUAAUUUGGAAGGACCGGACCUUUAGAGUUUUGGCAUGUUGGGAAACUUGCAAGUCUCCUCCUCUAUGCAUAAACGGAUGACUGCACCGAGGGAUUACAUGGAUUCAAAUGACCUGGAAGAUUAUUCAGUAUGUUUUUCAGAGCAAUUACUAAGUGAUUCGGAGCAAGAGACGAAUGUUCCUUCUUGGAAGCUUUCUUUUCCUCACGUUCUUGUGGCAACUAUAGUUUCCUUCUUAUAUGGCUACCAUCUUGGAGUUGUAAAUGAACCACUUGAAACCAUUUCUGUUGAUCUUGGUUUCCUUGGGAAUACAAUGGCAGAAGGAUUGGUGGUAAGUACUCUACUCGCUGGUGCUUUUGUUGGAUCCCUGAUCAGUGGUUGGAUCGCGGAUGAAGUUGGGCGCCGUAGGACAUUUCAAUUGUGUGCACUUCCAAUGCUUGUGGGUGGCUCCCUAUGUGCAACUACAAAAAACUUGGCAGGCAUGCUUCUGGGGAGGUUUAUAGUGGGGACAGGUUUGGGCGUGGGUCCCCCAGUUGCAUCUCUUUAUGUGACAGAGAUUUCUCCUGCUCAUGUGAGAGGUACUUAUGGAAGCUUUAUUCAAAUAGCAACAUGUCUUGGGCUGAUGGGGGCUCUCCUUAUUGGGAUUCCUGUCACGAGUACCGUUGGCUGGUGGCGCAUCUGUUUUUGGAUAUCAACAAUUCCUGCUGCCAUACUGGUUCUUGCAAUGAUGUUUUGUGCUGAGUCUCCCCACUGGCUAUACAAGCAAGGAAGAAGUUCUGAAGCAGAAGCUGAAUUUCAGAAGCUUCUUGGAGGUUUGCAUGUCAAAGAUGCUAUGGCGGAGCUUUCCAAGACAGACAGAGGGGAUGAAAAUGAUUCUGUAAAGAUUGCAGAAUUGCUCUAUGGUCGGCACUCCAGAGUUGUUUUUAUUGGAUCAACCCUAUUUGCUUUACAACAGCUAUCUGGAAUAAAUGCUGUGUUUUAUUUCUCUUCAACUGUAUUUAGACGUGCUGGAGUGUCCUCGAACCUGGCAAAUGGUCUUGUGGGGAUUGCAAAUUUAGUAGGUUCUAUAAUUGCAUUGGUACUGAUUGACAAAUUAGGAAGGAGGGUCCUCCUCCUCUGGAGCUUCUUUGGCAUGGCUGUAUCAAUGGCUCUUCAAGUUCUUACAGCUGCCUUAUUCUCUUCGAGUUCUGGAUCUUUUUACUUAUCGACUGCUAGCAUGCUUCUGUUUGUCUUAACAUUUGCCACUGGGGCUGGUCCAGUUCCCAGUCUCUUACUCCCAGAAAUAUUCCCCUGCCGGAUCAGGGCUAAAGCAAUGGCAUUUUGUAUGUCAGUGCAUUGGGUGUUGAAUUUCUUAGUUGGGCUGAUGUUUCUGCGUUUGCUUGAUCAAUUUGGUCCUGCUCUCUUGUACUCUAUAUUUUGUACAUUCUGUUUGUUAGCAGUGGUCUUCGUGAAGAGGAAUGUGAUGGAGACGAAAGGAAAAUCACUUCAAGAAAUUGAGAUUGCCCUCCUCCCUCAAGAGUAGGGGAGCAAAGUUUGCACGGUUAGGCCAAAAGUUCACAUAAGAAAUUGCUAAUACUAUUUCGUGAUGGAAAAUUGUGUUGAAGCUUUGGUUCACAAAUCCGUCUCUGGCGGCUGGAAAUAUAUCAGGUAUUUGUUGAAGCCUGUGCACACCAUAAGAGCUCUCGUAGUUAUAGUUAAACAUAACAUUGCGCAUUAUCGUUCCUAGAGUACCGCACAUCUUUGUAUUGUUUGGUUUCUGUUUUCAUAUUGAACUUGUAUUCAUACAUGAGUUUCGAAUAGAUAAUUCAUUUGGUAAUGCAUUCUAUGGAUUUCUAUGACAGAUUUCAAUCUA